AUGAAGGAUGCGCAUGAGCUGUUCAAGUGGAAAGAGGAUCAAAAGGCACUGGCCAUCCGCUUAUGGCUUGCGCUAGAUAGAAGCGACCAACCGGCUCAGAUGGAGGCUCUGCUUGCAUUGCUGAGCUCGUUCAUCUUCACUGUGUACGACGACGUGCCGCUAUCUUGUGGGUUGAUACAGUUUCUUGCGGUGCUAGGCAUUGACUCAGACAUGGGCCGCUUGCGUAACACAAAAAACUACUCGUACAUGUUGGCAGGCAUGGUGUACUGCGUGCGUGUGCUUGGAGUCAAGAAGCUGCUCCCAUCAGCGCAGCGCAGCGAGCAGACUGUUGAAGACCGCGAUAGGUUUCUGACUAUGCAGCACAAGUACAUGGCGGAUGGCACGUUCAGCCCGAUGAGCGAGAUGAUCAGUUUGCUAGCGUAUGGCAAACACAUCGGGCUAAGUGCAGGCAACUCAGGUAACGCAUACUGGUCAAAAGACAAGAGAAUCUUCUAUCUUUACGGCCGGCCGGUUCACAUA